GUCUACGUUCGAGGGGAGACACUAAACUCGCAAGUGCUUUUCGAAGAGGAGAAGGCUGUACAAUACAAUCAGAAAAGUCUUUCUAUUUUUGUACAAACUGAUAAAGCCAUCUACAAGCCAGGAUCUGUAGAAAGGCGUUUGAAUUCAGGUGUAUUUUCUUCUGAACUGGAAUUAGCGUCAGAGCCACCGCUUGGUGAGUGGCAGAUCCAAGUUGAAACCGCUAACAAGCUAAAGUUUACGAAAACCUUCUCCGUUGAAAAGUAUGUUCUGCCCAAGUUUGAAGUGAAUAUCAAGACGCCUCCAUUCAUCACAGUUAACGACGACCUCUCAAUACUUGUGGAAGAAGAAUCACAGAUAGAAAGGACAGUGAAGUUGAAUAAUAUGGGCGAAGCAACUGUCAUUUUCACAAACGAGGAAAUGAAGAAACACAAAUUAGUACAGGAUUACGGAGGUGGCAGUAUUAGGAUAAUUGCAACCGUCACUGAAGACUUGACCGACAUUCAACGUAAUGGAACUCAACAUAUAUCAACAUAUCGAUAUGAUGUGAAAUUGGACGUUGAGAAACAAGGUGACACAUUCAAGCCAGGUCUAACCUACAAUGUUGUGGUGGCCCUCAAACAAAUGGAUGAUACACCGGUCAAAGCUACUGUUCCCCGUCGAGUUCAGGUGACAACCUUCUACAACUAUCCCUUCAACCCAGACGCACCAACCCAGCACGAAGAUAAGGAAGUCAAAAUUGUGGAUUUGGAUGCUCAUGGUACCACCGUUCUGGCUCUACAGCCCCCUCUAAAUUGCACAAGUGCAAGAAUCGAGCUCAUUGCUGACAACGAAGGUGCCGUCGAUGUUGGCAAGACGUUGUCCUUCUCUGUGAAAGCUACUGAAAAUAUCCCAGUUCUCACCUAUCAGGUUAUGUCUCGUGGAGCCAUAGUCCUUUCAAAGGAGAUUCCUGUAAACUCGGACCACACAACAAUUUCAUUCACGGCUACCAACGAUGUAGGCAUUGUCUUUCCCUCUGGUCCACAUUAG